AUUUCAGUUUGCGCCUCCUUAAAUCGAAUAUUUGCCGUCUUUACUAUGUACACGGCCCAUCCUAGAAGUAGGUGCUGCAUGGACACGAAUAUUCCAAUGACGCAAAGGCCUUUCCGACCGCGCGAUUCACCCGCGAUUCACCAGAAAGCCAUCAUCAAAUCCCCGCCGUUAUCUCAAUUCCGUCCCUUUCCUUAACUACCCCACUUCCCCAAAUUCCAAGCCACGAUACUUGGCCGUGCUGAGAUUUGGCAAGCCUCCGCGCAAAUGUUGAAGUUGAAAACGAUAUCGGCACCAGGAAAUGAUGUUCGAUCGCUCCAAGCUUUUGAAGUGCCUACAAACUGCCGAGGGUUUUGUUUUUCCAGUAAUAUCUUUCACGAUGCCAUGAUACCCAUGGUGAUAAGAAGAGGGUCGUCCGCAAUCGGCCGCGCUGCAAUGCUGACAGGAACGUCAUCAGAACAGCGAGGAUAGCCGCCAUCAAGGGUUCCACUCGGAAUGCCGACAGCAGCCACGGCUGGCCGGGGGCAGUUGGUGGCCAGUCUGGUGCGAGAAGCGAAUGCAACACUUCAUACCCUUGAAUCAGCCUGGCAAACACGGCCCUCUCCAGCACUGUGCUCAAGGGAACGCAAAUCGGGCCAGAUCGCAAGUUCUGGUGAGGCGGACUUGCCAGCAUUACUUAUCGGAGCGACGAAUGAGGCUAUUCACAGCAUGUGAGGGGAUCAGAUUGUCGGCAGCCUUGGGCCCGGCCAUGACUUCAUCUGGAACGAAAUGCAUGUCAUCGACUUUGCUGCCGCCACGGCAUCGUGAUCCUGGCCUGGACCCAGUCGGCCAGUCCACCUUCCCCAGAACAGAGGGCGAGACGGCUCCACGGGUCUUAGGAAGCAAUGCACGUGAGUGACCCUGACGCUCAUAUUCCAGGUUCGGCCGUGCGAACAAGGCCUGCUGGUUGAUCAUGUACUUCGUGGUGAAUUUUCGCCAGAGAGCUCUCGAGAUUAUGACAAGAAUGAACCGAACACGCCUCGGCUCUCCCACGCGUACGAGAAAGCGAGGCGGAGAGAGGCUGAACGGAUAGGUUGGCGUCCUCUUUCUUUCGACGUUAUCCGACAUUGGUGGACGAUUCUCUCCAGGGUGAGGCAACGACUGGUGGUUGUAUUUUCAGUCGCACACUCACAACAACAGAGCGUUGAGUUCACUGUUUGCUUGCCCGAGUCGAGGCCCUGAAGCGGCCUCUUGCAGGGAGCCACAUAAUAAGUCGAUGAACGUGCGAGUCAUGAUGGAUUACCUAAUGAUACCGAUGUGGUUCCAAUGAGAGCACUUGCAGCAGACACGCCCCGGGGCAGGAGUAGUAAGCAAGCUUGCCUUGGCCUUGGGAGUUGGCGCCACUUUAGCGGCUCCGUGGGUUCUUCCCUUUCGGACGGGUGUUCAGAUGAAAAGUUGGGAUCCCGGUCGCCCUUUUAACCUUUCCUUCUGACUUCGAAAUUGUCCGAGUCCCUACAUAGUACAUGAACAAACCGCCACCAUACGUUCCAGGCCUAUACCCCUCAAACCUCAAACAUCACCCGAACCUGGCCUCCCAUCUGUCCGCCGCCAUUCCCACUAUUCGCACCCAACCUUGCCGGCCUUGCUAGACUCGUCCAACCCAAUCGGCUGUGUUGCCAAAGACGCCCACUCCCGCAUCUGCGCAACAGCCUGAAAAAGGACCCUUGGAUCCCGAGGCGGUGAUCGUCGUUCUAGUCGUCAUUUCCCUACCCAUUUUGGAUACGGGUGCCAAAGACAACCGGUCUCUCGUGCCCUUCUUUGCCAACCCACGAAGACAAAACACUACGUCCCCAGCUUUGCGAUUGGUCUCACGCCCUUCUACCAAUCUAGAUCUUGUCCGCCGUUGAUUGCUCGACGCCUGCGGCCAAGCUGAUAGCAGCGCCGUAUCAUACGAUCCCACCCAUAAAACGUCAACCCAAUUACCCCCCAAACCGACCAGAUCGACUAUAUUAGACUCUUCAGAUUUCCACUUUCUCUUCUUUUCUUUCGCAGCAGGUCAACGGCGUACUGUCGUAGGACCAGCACACAGUCGCAAAGGUGGCUUCCGGAGGAGAUUCGGCAUCGUCAGGUGCCUUCGUUGCCCAGCUUGCCAACAUCACGUCUUUGUUGAAAGUCCCGACUCAGCUGCAGCCUUACCUCGAGACUACCGCUGAGCAUCUAGCCUCAGCUUCAGAGUAUCUUCAGUUAGCGACCGGUUUUUCUCCCUCCCAGGUCUACACUGCCGCCGCUGGUACACUCCUCGCUCUGAGCGUCAUCCCCGUCGUCGCCGCCCGGAAAUCCAAAAGCAGAAAGGGAGGAAAGAUGUCUUGGUGGGGGCGCCCCAGCUUGUCGCCUUGGAACUCGGGUGUUGGUCAAGGGGGUGUGCCGAGUGUGACUGAGGAAGAUUUCAGCUACAUCACUACCGAGGAUCUUGAUAGUCCUCGAUACAGUCAGCGCUACGACUAUGCUCGGUCACCACAGGCUGCUGUUCAGGGUAUCAGCAGGUACGAAGAACCCGAAGACGACGCUCUUAACAUUGUUUACAAGAACGCUGUGUACCCUGAGGGGUUUCCUGCGUACUCGAUUGGCGACGGCAAACUCCUGGUCAGCGAUGUGAAGGAGCGAGUGAAGCUGAUCUUGGGGAUUUCCGAUCGCCACGGGAGGAUCCGUCUGUACUACAAGGGCCGGCGCUUGAGGGAUGAUGACAAGCCCAUUCGAGAGUAUGGAGCCAAGCACAACAGCGAGAUCACGGUUACGAUCAGCGAGCGCGAAUCCGAGAGCAGCAGUGAUGUGGGGAGCGAUGAGAUUGUUAUUGUUGAUCGUGACGGACACGAGGUCCGCGAGGAGCCUGAGCCGUCGAAAAAGCAUCGUAAGAAGCGCAGGGGCAGGACCAGGGAAGAACGAGGUGCCCGUAGCCCUCAGAGCCCACAAGAGAGUGUUUCGGAUGUUGGUCUCAGAGUGCCGACCGAAGAUCCUCGCAAGAGGGCAGCUUCACGAGUUCGAUCUCACUCUCCUUCAGCCGAGUCCGGAUUUUCGGCAGCAUCCGGAGUGUCCGGGGUCUCGGCAAUCUCCGCUAUCUCGGCCGGUAGCGUUACUCGCGCCAGUCCGGCCUCAGUUGCUCCGGGCGGUCCCAUCGAGAAGCUCGAUCAAAUCGCCGCCCACUUCAACAACACACUCCUGCCAUUGUGCCGACAAUUUGCGACCCAUCCUCCUUCGGAUCCUAAAAAGAGAUCAGAGGAGCACCUCAGGCUUUCAGAGACGAUCCUACAGCAGGUCCUCCUGAAGUUUGACGAUAUCGAAACGGGAGGAGAUGUCGCAGUUCGCACAAGGAGGAAAGAGAUGGUGAAGCAAUGCCAGGAUAUUUUGAAGACGCUCGACGAGGCUCUUAAGGCAUAAUAGUGUGGACGGUCAUAGGCGUAGUACCCGGAUUUUUGUCAUUUUUCAAGCUUCAUAAUCAGCAUGAAAAUGGAGGGAUUUAGGUGGUUCCUCGUUACAAAGUUGACAAUACUUUGGUAAUCCAGCCAUGUGAAAGGCGCAUCGGGGUUACUGGUGCGACGCCACCAGCUGCUCUUCUUUGUUGUGCUUAGAUUUCUAUAACUGCUUUUGCGGGUUGAAGGCUUCCUGUAUCUCUUGUCCAACGGUGUGACACGAGAACGUGGAAGAUAAGAGAAUCUAGCAUUUUAUGCAAAGAACAUGGUCCGAAGCUAUGGGAUGUUGUUGACCAGGUCAUAGAUGGUAAUUGACUAGGCGUCCCUCCCAAGGCCCAGUUCAAAGAGUUCGCAAUGCAUACAAAGACUCGUUGGUAACUACCUUGAUGGCCAGCAGUGACGUGACGAUGAUCGUCCGUCUUGUUGAUUGUGAGAAGUCGUCGCUCAAAGUGAUGACCACAAACAUGGCAAAGGACACAGAAUCACAAAUCUAACCGUCAAUUUGG